AUGUCCAUGUUGAUGCGCCCUCUAUCCAUACUGGUCCCCCGACACCUCUUCAAGCGACGCACGAUGCCGACCAAGUCAUACCUACAGAUUGUUGCUACUUUUGUCUCACCCGCGGAGGCAACGCUACGUACGAGUGUCACACAGAGGAAGGAGCAGACCUAUAUACCCGAGAAGAAGAAGCCAAAGCUUGAGGAGCUAGCCACAAGAGCCGGGAUUACCCCACAGUCUGAAGGUGUUGCACCAGAGCAGUCCAGCACAAGCCGAAGAAUUCGACGUAGCGAGGUAUCUCAGACCGGCAAUGACGCACAGGUUACUACAGAGGAUGUGAGUGUCGAAGUUGAUCACAAUACAACACGUACCGGCACAUCUAGAUCAAAGCGCAGGAAGGUUUCACCCAAAAGUACACCCAAAAGUACACCCGAUGAGUACACACAGGUGGUUAGCCCGAAGAGGAGCCCGUCUAGAUUGAGCUUGCGCAAAGCUUCGAGGACACAAGAAAAACCUGCCGACGAGAACGAAGAGCUGCAUUGUGGCGACGAUGCGUUACCCUCGCCUGUGACUUCGAACGAUUUCGCGUUAGAAGACGAUCCCAAAUUAGCGACGGCCCCUGGUGGUGAGAACGUUCCGAUGAUGGACAACGACUCGGAUCAAGGAAAAGAGAUCGGCAUAUUGAACCUUGGUCGUAGUGGACGCUCCAGCAGGGCUCGGCCUAGGGUGUCCUAUGUUGAACCCAUGCUUGAGGACGUAUCCGACCAAGACCUAGGUCUCGCAGCCGAAGACGAAGAUGAGGACGUAUCAGACAGCUACAGUUCUCCUACAACGGACGAAGAAGAAGAAAGCGAAGCGGAAAUUGAGCCUGCAUCUUCUGAUGAGGAAGCAUCAGGCGCCAGCGACGCUGAAUCGCUAGACAUAUCCAUAGAUGAGGACGUUAUCCCUGUUGAAGACGAUCAGCCCAAGCCAAACCCACGCCGGAACACUAAGACCGGAGAACUAAGUCGAGCUGGCAAAGGCAUCGAUCUGAGCCUUCCCCCGCUCUCGAACAUCCAAGACUGCAUGUUCGAUAUGACCGCGAAAGCAGUAAACCUCGGCCUUUGUGAAGCUCUCCAAAGUCUAGGAGAAAGGCCUAUCAGAGUAGCGACCAUGUGUUCUGGUACUGAGUCGCCGUUGCUAGCCCUGGAUGAGAUAUCAAAAGCACUUGAACGUAUGGGAAAACCUCCAAUGUAUAUCCAGCAAGAAUUCUCCGCAGAGAUUGAAAUCUUCAAACAGGGAUACAUUGAGCGGAAUUUCGCUCCCAGGAAGUUGUUCCGAGACGUGCGCGACUUCCUCCGCAAAGACACCACCACCGCUAUCACAGCAUACGGAGCAGAGGUGGACGUCCCCACGGGCAUAGAUAUCCUCAUCGCCGGCUUCGUCUGCAAAGAUCUCUCGCGGAUGAACAACAAGGGAAAGACUAUCGACGACGGCGGCGAAUCUGGCGAUACAUGGCGAGCAAUCUACACAUAUGCGGAGCGCUUUCGCCGCACCCUAGUACUGUUAGAGAACGUGAAAAACGAGAAGAAGACCUGGGAUGACGUGGUGAAACGUUGGGCAAAUAUCGGCUAUGAAGCUCAAUGGACCUACUGCGACACCAAAAACUUCUAUCUACCCCAGACAAGAGAAAGGAUGUAUAUGGUUGCGAUAGAGCGUUCACACUUCGGUAAAGAUGCGAGGAGCGCGACUGACCAGUGGAAGGAGUUGAUGCAUAAACUGGAGAGACAGUGCAGCAGCCCCUACGAAGCUUUCCUUCCGGAGUCGCUGAAAGAGUCAAGUGGCUUCGGUAUAUUGAAGAACGAACCGGACUGGGCUCUAUGUAAACUCCGGAACGACCACAUUCGAUUUGAGAAGAGGCUUGGUAUACUAAGCCCGGUCAGCCGACGAAGUGACAGUGGUACCAUCAUGCCUCCCGAUUUCGCAGAUCGAAAAUUUUACAAUUCACAGUCCUCGAGGGUGCAUGACGCCAUCGACAUCGCUCACCUAGAGUUUGCUGCCCUCAAGGGCUGUGAUUCACUUUACAAAAUGGCGCUCUGGGAUGUCAGCCAAAAUGUCGAUCGAUUCAAAGCAGACUUAGGUAUCGCACCAUGCCUGACACCAAGCGGCCAAGAUUUCGCGAGCAAUCGUCAACAUACUCUCAACGGCAGCCAACUCUUGAUCCUUCAGGGAAUGCCCCUUGAUAGACUGCUGUUCGCCAACGAAACACAGAAGGACCUACAAAACUUAGCUGGCAAUGCUAUGUCAACUACAGUGAUCGGCGCCUCUCUAAUCUCUGCUCUUAUCGCUGGAUCCAGAGCCUUUCGCUCCAACCACGUAGCAACAUAUGACAAAGCACAAGCUCCUCCGCCCACUAGUAGAACGAUCGCCCAGCCAGAGGUCUUGGGUCAUACAAUCCUGGAACCAAGCAUUUAUGAAGAUCUCGACCUGGCCGAGCUCAGGCACGAAGCAAAGAUGAGCGCGCGUAUGUGCAACUGUGAGGGCAAACAAAUCAUCAGCAAGACCGCGGUCCACAUCUGCUCUGCUUGUGGACAUUCAGCUUGCGCCUCCUGUGCCGGGAAUCCCAAGCACGUUUAUAAAGAAAUUGUCUUACCAAGUCGUCGAACACCGCUACCUGACGACUUCAUCAGGCGGUGGAGACCCAGGCUGCCUCCGCGACUGAAGUUCGAUGCUUUCCUUAACAUCUCUCAUCUGGCUGCCAAUAUGGGCCCAAAAGACCCGAUUUUGAGCGAGUAUCUGACCGUUCUGUCGGAAGCGCAGCUGAGCUUACAGUAUUUCUGUAUUGGUGAAUUCUCCAGAGAGUACAAUGAGUGGAAGAUUGCCUAUAGCUCGCCUAGUGCUACGAUUGAGCUGAAGAUCGGCUCCGAUAUUCGAUGGUCAUUAUUUGUCAGAUGUCCACCGAAUCUCCCUGGCAAUAGCCCCUUGCGCGAAUUCCUUCGCAAUCCGAUCGCACAAAGUGCCACCACCAAUACUCUCUUCGACGUCGAGUGGAAAAUACGCAUACCCUACACCAAGAACCAUACUCUCAACAUGAGCGGCUCGGUUGAGAAGAUUAGCUCUUGGAGGAGUCGGCUCGGUCUUGCUGACUACAAAGAGGAGACCGUACCAAGAACGAUUAAAAUUCGGGGCAAUGACCAGGAGAGCGAAUUCGAACAGUGCACAAUGGAUACACUCAUCCAACGCAACAGAUCCGUGGCAGCUGAGCAGCCUCAACUUCUGAAUUCAGCAGCGACUUUGAUCGUCUCACCUCCCCAUAUUACAAGUCAAUGGAGUACAGAGCUGGAGAACUUUCUCGAAUCCCAAAAAUACGAGGGCUACAAUGUCCUUGUCAUAGAGAACUACAGUCAACUGAAGGGUCUGAAGAUUGAAGACCUCGUACGAAGCAAAGUCAUCAUAGUGUCUUGGACGCUGUUUGCAGAUGAAGCUUACAUUUCGGAGCUAGCAACGUUCACCGCACUGCCAGAACCUUUGAUGACCAGCCGUCGUGCAUUCAGUUGCUGGCUCGAUAGGGCCGUUGGCGAGAUCCCAAACCAGCUGGCUGUGUACAAGCGUCAUGACUAUGAGGACUUUCAACGGCUAACGAAGGAACUCGUGGAUGAAAGGCUCCAGCAACCCGAGUUCCAGGCCACAUUGCCAAUAAACAUCCGGCAUGGUAGCGCAUAUCUUUCUUUCGAGGCCAUGUCAUCAACUUCAGGUCCAUCGAAGAAAGCCAAAGCCAAGGCGAAAAAUAAGGCCAAAUCGAGACCAGACAGCUCGUCACACCUAGUGCCACUACUCCAUCUCUUUCGGUUCAACAGAAUCAUCGUUGACGAAUAUCACUAUCUCAAUGACACGAACAAGAUGGGAAACAACUUCAUGGCUACGAGCAUCAAACAAGUUGCUGCACAUAAACGCUGGGUAUUGUCGGGAACGCCAGCCUUAGCCAACUUCUCUGAUGUCAAUCAGCUGGCAUCCUUCCUCGGAGUCAAACUUGGUCGGUACUUCUGUGGCGACGGAACGGUUAUGACGUCCGCGGAGAAGGUCUCCAAGCUUGACCAAACUGAUGUGGAAAGCUUCUUGUCGCAAACGGAAGUCAUCGAGACACCAACGGGCGCAGGCCUUCUCGACAAAUUUGUGAGACAGAAUGAGGCUGAGCUUCAGCACAUUGACUGCUCGGAGAAGCUCCUAUCGGUGGAUCUGGAUGCUGCUCACCAUGCCGUCUACUUGGAGCUCUCUCAAUACCUCAUCUCUCAAAAGAUGCAAAUCAAGAAGCUCAACAAGAAGUCUGGCUCGGACAGGAGUAGCAGGCUGAACGACAGUCUAGAGAAUUCCGCAAGUGCCGAAGAAGCACUGCUCAGGUGUGCUCUGCUCUUUGAGACGGAGGAAGGCAAAUCUGCGCUUGAGCUCUUAUUCGAAAAAAGGUCGCACCAAUUACGCAACACCAAGAAGGACUUGUUGAAGUUGCUAUCGAAGUUCGAGGGCUUGAUGAAGAAGUCUAAGAACAACGAGCCGACCAUCAAAGACCUUUAUGGCCAUUUCCAGAAGGAUAUAUCACAGUAUAAUUGGCUCGGAGAUGACGAGUCCAGCCAAGUUGUUCGCGGCUUGAUCAAAGAAGCACAAAAGACCCCCAAAUCUGGCUUUGCUGAUGUCGCGGACAUAUCGAAACUUCAGCGCGAGCGGUUGAUCAAGCAGGAACUUUCACAGCUUCGAGAUACCGCUCUCGAAUUUGCGCAUAGGACAAGGUCAAAACGUUUCAUCGCAUCGAUCCACGACUAUCUUCAACUUGCAACUGUUGGGGAGGAACCUACCCGCUGUAGCUCCCCUGUUUGCAAAGGCGUAGCUAGCCCUCAAUUGCUCUUCUCGAUACCACACUGCGGACAUACUGCAUGUAAAGAGUGUCUUGCAUUACGAACCGACGACGAGACUUGCGUACAUACUGGCUGCAAUUCCUACGCAAGCGAAGGCAACCUGAUCAGGAUGGCUGAUCUUGGUCUAAGUCACGACCAACAUACUGAUCAGAGCUUUGGCAACAAGCUUGAAGCUAUUGCCCAUCUUGUUCAAGGGCUUCCACAAUCUGAUCAAUGCAUCGUUUUCGCGCCAAACGAGGAGAUCAUCAGCAUUCUCGAGACCGUGUUCGACCACUGUAAUGUCUCUUACCACUCGCUGGGCGGAAGUCGGCAUAAGGCGUCGGCAGCGAAGCUUAUGGAGGACUUCAAGACGAACACAAAUCCUAAAAAGAGGAAAAAGCUCAUCAUACUCAAUCUGGGAAGCGAGUCUGCAGCUGGCGUCAACCUCACAGUGGCCAACCACGUCAUAUUUGUUUCGCCCUUCUUGGCAAAGACGCAAUAUGACUACGACUCAGCCAUGGCACAAGCUAUCGCUCGAAGUCGUCGUUAUGGCCAGCAGAAGAAGGUUCAUAUCUAUCAUGUCAUCGCAAAGCGUACGAUCGACGUAGAUAUCCUCGAACACAGGCACAGACGCAGCGACGCGAUUACCACCAUGGAGGCCGCGAUCGAACUACCAGAGCCAUCGUCUACAAAGAAAGAAAGGACAAAGCUUCUCAAGAACAGCAAGGGCGAGAUAAUACUGGUGCCGCUUAGCUGGCUAGCAGAUGAAGCCAAGCGAGGAACGAUGAACGUUGAAGACUCAACAGAGAAGUUCACCUCUCUGAUUAACUUUUCGGAGACAUUUGAGCAAGAAGAUGACGAGCCUUGA